AUGGGAGACGAUGACAAUUCUCAAGGACGUGAUAAAAGUCUUGAGAUGAAGAAGGACAUACGAUGUCUGAUGCCAUCAUCAACCAACUACACCGUAUGGUCGAUGCGAAUGAAAGUGAUGCUUCGUUUAUACGAAGUUUGGGAUACGAUUGAUCCAGGGAGCGGCUUAGCAUCGAGAGCAGCCGCGUUAGGAGAGAUAAUGGAAGCAUCGAAGAUGGUAAAGAAGUUUCUGAAGGGACUUCCAAGAACGAAGUUCAUUCACAUCGUAGCCUCGUUAGAACAAGUGUUGGAUCUAAAUUCAACAGGGUUCAAAGAUAUUGUUGGGAGAUUGAAGGUUUUCGAAGAACGCAUAAAAGAAGAAACCCAAGAUGAAGGUCAAUCGAAGCUCAUGUUUGGAAAGAAUGAUAUGCAAGGUAGUGGAAGCGAUAACAACUCGCGAGGAAGAGGCAGAGCUUCAGACAAGACCAUGAAGGACUACUCUAAGGUUAGAUGUUGGCGAUGCGACAAGAUGGGGCACUUCGUGUCACAUUUUCCUACACGACCAAGAGAAGAAGCUAACCUAACAGAAACACAAGAAGCAGAUGCAUUAUAUAUGCAUGAAGUAAUAUUCCUCAACGAAGAGAGAGUGUUUCCUAAGAGGUUUGAUGAAUGCGGUGGAAAUAUGAGUAUAUGGUACCUUGACAAUGGUGCAAGUAACCAUAUGACAGGCAAGAGAGAGUUCUUCUCAAACCUAGAUGAGAGCAUCAAAGGAAAAGUCAAAUUCAGUGAUGGAUCAAACGUCGAGAUUGUUGGGAAAGGCUCGAUCACGUUCAUCGAAAAAACAGGGGAGAGAAGAGCACUCAGAGAUAUCUACUACAUCUCGAGUCUUAAACACAAUAUCAUAAGUCUUGGACAAGCAACCGAGAUGGGUUGUGAGGUUAAUAUGAAAGAAGACUUACUGAUGCUGAAAGAUCCCCGUGGAAGGCUAUUAGUACAAGUCGCAAGGCAACCAAACCGAUUGUACAAGACGCCAAUGGAGGUUGAAUAUCCGAAGUGUCUUCAAAUACAAGAAACUGAUGUUACAUGGACGUCGCAUGCGCGGCUAGGACAUGUGAACUUUGGAGUCAUGAAGAAUAUGGUAGACAAGGAGAUGGUUGUAGGGAUGCCUCAGGUGAUACACGAGAAAGAUGUGUCUAGUGCCUGCUUAGUUAGGAAGAAAACUCGGAAGUCUUUCCCGCCUAAAGCAAAGUAUCGAGCAUCACACGCAUUGGAGUUGGUACAUGGUGUAACUAGACAUCUCACCGCAUCGUAUACACUAUCAACAAAAGUGGACGAAGAACCAGGAUCAUUCAAGCUUCCUCAUAUCGAUGUUACGGAAGAAGGAGAUGGUGAACAAGAGCAAGUAGCAGAGAACAACGAUGCAAACCAAGACCAACAUGUAACAUCAAGAUAUGGCCGUAACAUCAGAAAACCAAAGCGGUUGGUUGAUUACAUCCUACUUUCUGAAGUUGAAUGUGGCAGACUCUUGCUAACCAUCGAUGGUGAACCAGAAAGUUACAUCGAAGCUGCAGUGAUACAAGCUUGA